AUGGUUGAAAGUGCUGCGUUCCCAGGAGGUUAUUACCAGAACUCUUUCGAAGCUCCUGAUGAAUCAGAGGGCUCUGGAAGCUCCGCACAGAUCGACACCGAGGUCACGGCAUCUGAGAACUCGAGCACCCCUGCACGAAAGUGUAUUAGGUUGAAUUCUAAUGAUGAAGAAGACCCUUAUGGUGUCCAGAGACAAGUCAUCUCCUUGUAUAACAUGUCACAGUCGGAGAGGAAAGAUUUGAUCCAUCGGCUCAAAGUGGAACUGGAGCAGACUAAGAUUGUUCUUAAGAAUGCUGAGUUUCAGAGAUUGAACACAGCCUCCGUGUCGUCUACUAGUGAUAGGGUCGGUUUCACCACCGCAGCUCAGAAGCUACCAUCUCGGGUCAGCAACCUGAAGAAGCCAUCUGAUUUUGCGACGGGACCGGGAAAGAAAGUUCGGCAACAGACUGGGACUUCCCGUGGAUGGAACCGUGGCUCCUCGGGGAAGUUUGAGUCAUCGAAAGAGCCUGUGGCGAGCGCUCCUAACGUGACGCUGAUGAAGCAAUGUGACACGCUGCUGAAAAAGCUAUGGUCCCAUCCGCAUGCUUGGGUUUUUCAGGCGCCUGUUGAUGUUGUGAAACUGAACAUACCUGACUAUCUCACCAUCAUCAAGCAUCCCAUGGACUUGGGGACGGUAAAGAAGAACUUGGCGUCUGGUGCAUACUUAAGCCCACAUGAGUUUGCUGCUGAUGUGAGGCUUACGUUUACCAACGCAAUGACAUAUAACCCUCCAGGGCAUGAUGUUCACGUUAUGGGGGACAUGCUUAGUAAGUUAUUCGAAGCGCGGUGGAAAGCGAUCGAGAAGAAAUUACCAGCGUGUAGCAUGCAAACUUUGCCUGCACUUUCGUUGGAACCUAGCGCCGAAAGGAAAUCUGCUAUAUCUGUUCCUCCGGCGAAGAAGAGAAAGAUUGUUUCCCCCGUUAGAGAGAUUGUUCCGGAACCCGUGAAGCCGCUUAUGACGGCAGAGGAGAGGCAUAGACUAGGGAGACAGCUGGAGUCGCUGCUGGAGGAGCUUCCUCCACAGAUCAUCGACUUUUUGAAGAAACACAGCUCAAAUGGAGGAGAAAUCGCGGAAGACGAGAUCGAGAUAGAUAUUGAUGUUCUCAGUGAUGAAGUACUGUUCGCUCUUCGAAAACUUUUAGAGGAAUACAUUCGAGAUAAAGAAGCGAAGCAGUCGAAUGUUGAACCAUGCGAGAUAGAGCUUGUUAACGGAUCAGGACCGAGCAAUUCGUCGCUGCAUCGAGGAAAUGAAAUGGCUGAUGAGUAUGUCGGUGGGAACGAACCUCCUAUCUCAAGAAGCUCUAGUGAUUCUGAGUCUAGUAGCUCUGAAGAUCUAUCUGAUGACGCUAAACCCAUGAUUCAAGACGAUUCUUCCAAGGUGCCUGAAACUGCAAAUUCUGAGGCGCAAAGAGAUGGAGAUACGAGGAUUGACGAUUUUUGCGAAGGAACUCAAUCUACUGGUGCGGUGGAGCAGAUGGAUAUUUGUUCCCAGCAAAAGCCUAGUUCUGAUGAAGCAGAUGGUCAACAUGAUGGAAAUACAUUAGAGACUCCAGCUACAUCUGAGAAGCGCUAUAGAGCCGCGCUGUUGAAGAACCGGUUCGCAGAUAUCAUUCUAAAAGCACGCGAGAAAACACUUCCACAGAACAGUAGCAAAGGAGACCCUGAAAGGCUGCGUAAGGAAAGAGAAGAACUCGAACUGCAGAAGAAGAAAGAGAGAGCGCGGCUACAAGCUGAGGCAGAGGCUGCUGAAGUAGCUCGUCGCCAAGCUGAAGCAGAGGCUGCUGCAGAAGCUGCUGCUGAGUCUAAGCGGAAGAGAGAACUUGAAAGAGAAGCCGCUCGCCAAGCUUUACUGAAGAUGGAGAAAACGGUAGAGAUCAACGAGAACUCGCGGUUCCUCGAGGACCUAGAGAUGCUGAGUUCGAGUGCGCCGGAGCAGUUACCUAGCUCAGCCGAUGAAACCAGCCCCGAGAGACCUUUAGACGCCCUUGGAAGUUUCAACCUCAGAGGAAGCAACCCUCUUGAGCAACUCGGACUGUACAUGAAACAAGACGACGAUGAAGAAGAACCCGAGGCUCCCGCUGUUCCGAAUCUAGCCACCGACGUGGAAGAAGGUGAAAUCGAUUGA